GCCGAUCCCACGUUAUAAUUUUGCAAAAUAACCGGUCCUGCUGGAAGAGAGCCGUAACCAACACGGAUGAUCGUGCCAGCGCCGUAUAAGACACUUCGAGGUUCAGUGUUGAAUUCGGAUUACAAGGGAGGAGAUGGAGAGCAAGGGUGAGACCUCAAUAUUUCCGGCGGAUUUGGAUUACCAAUCGGGCUUUGGAAAUCACUUCUCGUCUGAGGCCAUCGCUGGAGCUCUUCCUCGAGGUCAGAAUAGUCCUCUUCUUUGCCCCUUUGGCCUCUACCCUGAGCAGAUUUCUGGCACCUCUUUCACCUCCCCUCGCAAACUAAAUCAGUUCAGUUGGCUAUAUCGUGUUAAACCAUCAGUUACUCAUGAGCCAUUUAAACGUAGAGUUCCAACACAUGAAAGGCUUGUUAGUGAGUUCAAUCAGACUAACAGUUCUGCUACACCUACUCAAUUACGGUGGAAGCCUGCAGAUAUCCCAGAAAAACCAACCGAUUUCAUUGAUGGGUUGUACACUGUAUGUGGUGCUGGCAGCUCGUAUCUCCGGCAUGGUUUCGCAGUUCACAUGUAUGCAGCUAACAAAUCAAUGGAAAACUGUGCAUUUUGCAAUGCUGAUGGGGACUUUCUGAUAGUUCCUCAAAAAGGAAGGUUGUGGGUCACAACUGAAUGUGGUAGGCUGGAAGUCAAACCUGGUGAAAUUGUUGUCAUACCUCAAGGAUUACGCUUUGCCAUCAAUUUGCCUGAUGGAGACUCGCUCGGUUACGUUGGUGAAAUUUUUGGAACUCAUUUUCAACUUCCUGAUCUUGGGCCGAUAGGCGCAAAUGGUCUGGCUGCUCCAAGGGAUUUUCUUGCUCCUGUAGCGUGGUUCGAUGAUAGCUACCAUCCAGAUUACAACAUUGUGCAGAAAUUUGGUGGUGAACUCUUCACAGCAAAACAAGAGUUUUCACCAUUCAACGUGGUUGCUUGGCAUGGCAAUUAUGUUCCUUAUAAGUAUGACCUAAGCAAGUUCUGUCCUUAUAACACUGUUUUGUUUGAUCACAGUGAUCCAUCAAUCAAUACAGUUUUGACAGCUCCAACAGAUAAACCUGGUGUUGCAUUGAUGGAUUUUGUUGUUUUUCCACCACGGUGGUCAGUCGCUGAACAUACUUUCCGUCCUCCUUAUUACCACCGCAACUGUAUGAGUGAAUUCAUGGGCCUGGUCUAUGGAGGAUAUGAGGCAAAAGCUGACGGUUUUGUUCCAGGCGGUGCUAGCCUCCAUAGUUGCAUGACUCCUCAUGGUCCGGAUACGAAAACAUACGAGAAAAACAUCGCCCAUGGAAACGAAGCAGGGCCAGAGAGAAUGACGGGCACGAUGGCGUUCAUGUUUGAAUCAUGCCUUGUGCCGCGGGUCUGCCCAUGGGCACUUGACUCACCCUUCAUGGACCAUGAUUAUUACCAGUGUUGGAUUGGUCUCAAGUCUCACUUCUCACCACAUCGUUCACUGUGAAACACACAUCUAUAAUUCAAAAAGAAGACAGAAGCACAUGACAAUCAGAACACAUCUAAUGAUCGGAUGAUACACGUGAAGCAUGCUUUUUAUAACGAGUCUCGCUACUUAUACACCCCUUUUUACCCACCCUUAUACUCAUCUCUGAUUUUUUUUUUUACUUUUCUGUGCAAAUUCACACAAAAAAUAAGACAUAUUUUGUCUAUGGACAUGAUUCACAGAUAAAAAAAGCCUUUCAUGGGUAUAAGAGUGAGUACAACUAUCAUUUUUCUUUUUUAAUAAUAUCAAACAAAUCAAUCUCAC